UGAUGAGCUGUCGUCCUGAACCAGUUCUGGUGAAGGUACUCCCAUGGUGAUGUUAGGCAGGCAGUUCUAGGAUUUAGACCCAACAAAUGGUAAUGCCUUUCCAUGUCAGAAUGCAUAGGAAUGGUUUAAAAGUUUAUAAAACCAUAAGGAGCAGAAUUAGGCCAUUUGGCCUGUUGAGUCAGCUCUGCCAUUUUGUCAUGGCUGAUCCACUUACCUCUGUCAGCCCCAGUCUCCUGCCUUCUUCCCGUAUCAUCCAUGCCCUGAACUAAUCACAAAUCUAUCAACCUCUGUCGAAAAUAUACCCAAUAACCUGGCAACAAAUUUCACAGGUGUUUGCUGGCAUACAGAGUUGCAGUUCCUGUUGGCCAGUGGUGGAGAGAAGGAAUGUUUAAGGUGUGGAUGUCCUGGAGGGUAACAGAUUUCACGACAUUCACCUAGGCAAGUACAGUAGAGAGUACUCCAUCAUAGUCCUGUCUGGCUUGUGUCUGGAGCGGUCCUGGAAUGCCCAAUAGGUUUAGUCUGUCACUGCGGGGUACACAGCAUAUUAUAUGUGGCUGGUUCAGAUGAGUUUCUGGUCGAAUGGGAAAGUUAGCGUAGAUUAUUAAUGCAUGCAUGAAUCCUGAGCUACACCAGAGCACCAGCAACAACAGAAGUUAAAAGAAGAAAGUUAAUCUGUUGGAAGGCUCCAGGUAUAAUCCCAUCCUCACACCCUAUGACAUAAAAACUGAAUUUCAUUAAAAUUCCAUUUUGAGUAGUUUUCACUUUGGAAUGUCUGCCCUAUUGAAUAAGUUAAAAAAGGUUUUAGGUUGGGCAAGGGUGGUGUUGGUUAAAAAAAAAAUAAAUUACACAUAAAAUCCACAGUCACUGAGAAAGGGGAAUUGUUUGGCCAUCGUGCAAUGACGGGACAAAGGAGCAGAUGGACAGGGGGGAGAAAGGAGAGGCAGUGGAUGUCAUUUAUUUGGAUUUUCAGAAGGCGUUUGAUAAGGUGCCACACAUGAGGCUGCUUAAUAAGAUAAAAUCCUAUGUCGUUACAGGAAAGAUACUGGCAUGGAUAGAGGAAUGGCUGACAGACAGGAAGCAGUGAGUGGGAAUAAAGGGGGCCUUUUCUGGUUGGCUGCUAGUGACUAGUGGUGUUCCUCAGGGGUCAGUAUUGGGACCGUUACUUUUCAUAUUGCUUGUCAGUGAUUUAGAUAAUGGAAUUGAUGGCUUUGUGGCAAAGUUUGCAGAUCAUAGGAAGAUAGGUGGAGGGGUAGGUGGUGCUGAUGACUUAGACAAAUUGGAAGACUGGGCAAAAGAGUGGCAGAUGGAAUACAGUGUUGGCAAAUGUAUGAUGAUGCAUUUUGGAAAAAGGAACGAUAGUGCCAACUAUUAUCUAAAUGGGAAGAAGGUUCAAAUAUCAGAGGUGCAGAGGGACUUAGGAGUCCUCGUGCAAGACUUCCAGAAGGUUAAUUUACAGGUUUAGUCUGUGGUAAAGAAGGCAAAUGCAAUGUUGGCAUUUAUUUCAAGGAGAAUAGAAUAUAAAAGCAAGGAGAUAAUGCCGACCCUUUAUAGGACACUAAUCGGGCUGCACUUGUAGCAUUGUCAACAGUUCUGUGCCCCAUAUCUCAGAAAGAAUGUGUUGUAAUUGGAGAGAGUCCAGAGGAAUUUCAUGAGGAUGAUUCUGGGAAUGAAGGGGUUAACAUAUGAGGAGCAUCUGGCAGCUUUGGGCCAGUACUCACUGGAAUUUAGAAGAAUGAGUGGGGAUCUCAUUGAAACCUACCGAAUGUUGAAUGGACUAAAUAAGGUAGAUGUGGAGAGGAUGUUUCCUAUGGUGGGGUGUCCAGAACUAGAGGGCAGGCCUUAAAACUGAGGGGUGACCUUUUAGAACAGAGGUAAGGAGGAAUUUUUUUGGCCAGAGUAGUGAAUCUGUAGAAUGCUCUGCCAUAGACUGCGGUGGAAGCCAAGUUCAUGCGUAUAUUUAAAGCGGACGUUGGUCAGGGCAUCAAAGGACAUGGCAAGAAGGCAGGUGUAUGGGGUUGAGUGGGAUGCAGGAUCAGCCAUGAUGAAAUGGUGGAGCAGACUGGAUGGGCUGAAUGGCCUAAUUCUGCUCUUAUGUCUUAUGGAUUAGAACCACUCUGGUUAUAUGUAAUUUGUAUGGGCUGGACUGGUCUUUACAGAUGACUGGAAAGGCCAGUCCACCCUAUGGGGCUCUCCACAGAGUGACACAGUAGUGUAGUGGUUAGCAUAACACUUUACUGACCUGGGUUCAAUUCCCGCCACUGCCCGUAAGGAGUUUGUACGUUCUCCCCAUGUAUAUGGGUUCCCUCCGGGUGCUCUGGUUUCCUCCCACAGUCGAAAGACUAAAGGCUGAUUUAUACUUGUGCGUACUAGCUUACACCAAAGCCUACGCAAGUGGGCUAUGCCGUUGUGAGCAUUUAUACUUGUGCGUUGGUGUGUCUGCGUCUCUCUGCAAUUCACCGCCAAAACGCUAGUUGGCGGUGGGGUUUCUAUGCCACUGUGUUGAGUUUCUUCAUGUUCAAAUUUCAAACAAUGGCGACUGAAACUGAAGGAGGGUGAAUUUUCUGUGCUUGUCCGGCCACUGAGAGACAUGGAUGAGGAAAUGCAUUUCAAGUAUUUUCGGAUGUCGGCAGCCUCGGGACUGUCUACCCCCUCCACGCCAAUACAAUCAACCAAGCCUGCCUUUCCCCUGGAAUCGUAUAAACAGGAGCCUGAACGCCUGGAUGCUCGAACUCGUUCCUACUCAUCUCCACCGGACUCAGGCCAGCGGUUUUCCAUCCUGCCCACACCUGUGGCACCACUCAAGCCUCUUGCUCCCAUUACCAGCUCCAAUGCUACCUCGAAAACUGUGCAAGGCUCGGUGGAAGGCAUGCUGGAGAAGCUGGAGCUGGACGAUGAAGCUGAAGAGUCUGACAGUGAUAUUUAUAUGAGAUUUAUGAAAUCCCACAAGUGCUAUGACAUUGUUCCCACCAGUUCAAAGCUUGUUGUAUUUGAUACUUCAUUGCAAGUGAAGAAAGCCUUCUUUGCUUUGGUGGCAAAUGGCGUUCGGGCAGCACCACUUUGGGAAAGUAAAAAGCAAAGUUUUGUAGGAAUGUUAACCAUAACAGACUUCAUAAACAUACUGCAUAGAUACUACAAGUCACCUAUGGUACAAAUCUAUGAACUGGAGGAGCAUAAGAUUGAAUCAUGGCGAGAGCUUUAUUUACAAGAAACAUUUAAGCCUUUAGUGAACAUAACACCAGAUGCAAGCCUCUUCGAUGCUGUGUAUUCGCUCAUUAAGAACAAAAUUCAUCGGUUGCCUGUCAUUGACCCUGUCAGUGGAAAUGCACUUUAUAUCCUCACUCAUAAAAGGAUUCUAAAGUUCUUGCAGCUCUUUAUCUCUGAGAUGCCAAAGCCUGCCUUUAUGAAGAAAACACUGGAGGAACUUGGAAUUGGAACGUACCUUAAUAUUGCCUUUAUACACCCAAACACUCCUAUAUACAAGGCGCUGAGUAUAUUUGUGGACAGGAGAGUUUCAGCAUUGCCGGUUGUGGAUGAGUCAGGGAAGGUUGUAGAUAUUUAUUCCAAAUUUGAUGUUAUAAAUCUUGCUGCUGAAAAGACAUACAAUAAUCUGGACAUCACCGUGACACAGGCACUGCGGCACCGCUCACAAUAUUUUGAAGGGGUUGUGAAGUGUCACAGGCUGGAAGCACUGGAGACAACAGUGGACAGAAUAGUUAAAGCUGAGGUCCAUCGGCUUGUAGUGGUUGAUGAGAAAGACAGCAUAGUGGGAAUCGUCUCACUGUCUGACAUUCUGCAGGCUCUUGUUCUCACACCAGCAGGUUCUGUAAGAAAGGAAAGUAUUUCAGAAUGACAGAUGACAAUAGAACAUGGACGAUUGCUGACAAGAAUGCUUUGAAGUGUCUUAUUCUGUUCUGGGCCAGAUGAACACUGACUACGGCAGAGAGGAGAAGGCACAAGAUUUUGAAAUCACAGAAGUGAAAUGGUUUAAUCAAACACUGUAGCUGGAUCUGAAAGGCAUUUGUGACAAUAUCUGAAACCAAACACGUGAUCUUGCUCACUGAAUAGCUAUACAGAUACAGCUGUAAUGUUGUAGCUAAAACUCUGAAAGAAUUUAUUUUGCAAAUAACGAUUAGCAACUAUACCUAAAGAUAUUUUUAAAUGUGUUGAAGCCAUGGCAAUUUAAAUGGCUAUUUAUUUCCACAGUUUGUCAAUCUGUUUUUCGUGACAGGGAGUGGAAGCCAAUGUGCUACGUCGUGGGAAUUCUCAUGAAAAACUUCAAACUAAGUUUGGACCUGCCAUGGCAGUUAUUUGCCCACAUGUACACCACAAUCCUUCAACAGGAGCAUGCAAUGAGAACUGUUAACUGUACUGUACUGUAAAUAGGAAGCUAAUGAGGGAAAAUGUGCCAGAGAAAGGUAUAUUUUUAAGUGUGUGAAAAUGUAAAAUUAUGUUUGUACAAUUGCACAUUAAAUUUUUUUGUAAAUUAUAUUGUUUUCAUAUGGCUGCAAGAAUUGGGAGGGGGGAGCUUGGGCAGAGGUGGUGUUGUCUAUGUAAAUGCACAAAGGCAUGAAGAUGAUGCUAUAUAUAGGUUUUCCGCUUGGAAGAGAGGGAGAAAAGGGAAGUUAUUGCCACAGUAAACGUUUAUAGGGCGUGAGAAGAAACACUUAUGGCAAAAUAUUGAUAAAGUAAUAAUGCACUUUAAAACACGGCAUUCAUUGUGUAGCAAAUUAACACAAGUAACAGAUAAGGAAGUUUAUAGCACCCCCCCCCCCCACCUCUCUACCCCAGUCACCAACUCUGCUUACAGAUUUGCAGUUACUUGUUGGUGGGUAACCAGAUCCUUGCACAGAUCAAAAUGCCAAUUAAAAAAUAACAGUUGGGAUAGAGGCCAUCUCCUGCAAACUUGAUGCUGAUGACAGGAGGCUAGACUGCGAUUCAGUUGAUCUGUGACAACUGAAUUAGUUGUUUGGUUGAUUCUAGAACCUUGCAUUCUCUUCCUUCCACCCUUCCAUCACUGCCCCCUCCCCAAAAAAUUUUCAAAAAAGAAACAUUAAUCAUUGGUGGUGAUUGAGUAAUGUCAGUGAGUUCUAUACUUUGGCGAUAAUAGGGAUUGUGUAAUAAGUAAAUGGAUGUGUAUGUAGUAUCUCGGAAUACCUUGCUGAAACCUUGAAGCUAAAAAUGCAGUCCUCCUCUAUAACUGAUGUGAAUAGAGGAUCUUUUUUUUAAAAAAAUUAGCUCAUUGCAGACCAAUAUUAAGUUCUCGGCCUUUUGAUCUGGGUUGAUGAAGUUAACAUCACAUUGUUGCAAUUCUAAGUGCCAUUAAAUGAUUCAAUCUGAAAGUGAUGUGAACUGAUUCUAAACGUAGCUUAUUAAAACAUUUCUUGUAUUAUACUUUGAAUGCUGUCCUGCAUUAUCUUAUGUAUACAGUAUUGUACAUUGUUAAUGUUGAAUAAAGAAGGUUUAAUUGCCAGGUGCACCUA